UCUGCACAACCGUGGGUAACAUUGCACAACCCAAAUCAAAGAUACUUUACUCUCUAGCAGUUAAAAAUUUGAAUUACAACUUCAUAACACUUUUGAAGUCAGCUUUAUAUUCUAGUUUUAAUUCAAAAGUAAUGUAAAAUAGUAAUUUUAACGAAAUUUCUUUCUACACAAGUAACUUUACUUAAACAUAGAAAAAAGCCACGUAAAUAAUUUCUUGCAACUUUUAUCUGUUAAUCACAUCAUAAUUAAACCCCAAGAUGUCAAGUUGUUACAAAGCUAGAAAAUAUAAAGACUAUACAAGUAAUGACUUAUCCAAAUGUCUUGAAGAGGUUAAAUGUAAAAAGCUGACACAAAAUAAAGCUGCUGCUAAAUAUGGUAUCAGUCGAAGAACGAUUUGUUACAAAUUAAAAGGAAAACACAACUUAAAACCUGGUAAACCAUACUUCUUUUCCAAAUUUGAGGAGGCUGCUUUUGUGAAGUGUUCUAUUCAAUUAAGUGAUUUUGGAUUUCCAAUCGGUAAAGAAGAUUUACGUCAUAUUAUGAAUAAUUAUCUAAUUAGUUCAGGAAAAAAAGUAAAAGAGUCUAAAAUCUUUCCUGGGCCUGAUUUAGUUAAUUCAUUUUUACAAAGACAUCCACAGCGUACAAGUAAAUUUGUGCCAAACUUAAAAAAAUCUCUAGCAAUAGUUAAUGAAGGAAUUUUAAAAGAUUAUAUUCAGCAAUUAUCAAUAACUGUACAAAAUGUACCUCUAAGCAACAUAUAUAAUUACGAUGAAACAAAUUUGACUGAUGAUCCAGGGUCAAAAAAAUGCUUGGUAAAAAGAGGUAAUAAAUAUCCAGCAAAUAUAAGAAACACUUCAAAAACAAGUAUUUCUAUUAUGAUAUCAGGUAAUGCUGCAGGUGAAGUUCUACCACCUUUUGUAGUUUAUAAAGCUGUAAAUCUGUAG